CAGAUUGCUUGGUGGCUGAUUCUUAUGCAUCCAGCAAAGUGCAAAAUUUUAUUGCAUUAAUUAAAUGGCCAAAAAAAGGGAGAAGCUUUCAAAAUUCAGCCAGCCUGCCAGAAAAUGUCUGAGUCAAUUUGGUUGCAGAGAGCAGGAAAUUAAACGAAGGACCCGUGUGCCUCUGGACGUGUCUCUUCUGCUUCUGCUCCUCAAAUCAGAACCGCUGAGUGUUUCAAGUAACAAGACGAUGACUCUAUGGCCUUGGUCUCAUGGCCUUUAACAGGCUUCCAGAAAGAGCCUUAGAGAUGCUGUGAAACUCAGCUUCGAGUCUCUGCGAAACAUUUGCACGUGGUCUUGCUGUACCAAAACUUCAGGGAGACUCUCAGCAAGGCACCAUGUUCCAUGAGGUGGCUCUGUGGCUGCUGGUGGGCAUCCGAAUCUCUGCAAUAGCCGGAGGGGGCCCUGGAGGAGGUUAUGCGCAGAUGAAAUACAUGCAGCCGGUGGUGAAAGGUCCUCUCGGUCCGCCGUUCCGAGAAGAUAUGCCUCCACUGCUGCCGAUGGACCUCAAGGGUGAACCUGGACCACCGGGAAAGCCAGGCCCAAGAGGACCACCUGGACCGCCAGGCUAUCCUGGGAAACCGGGCACCGGGAAACCAGGACUUCAUGGGCAACCUGGACCUGCUGGGCCCCCUGGCUUUUCUGGUAUUGGCAAACCUGGUCUUCCAGGACUUCCGGGCAAGGCUGGCAUGAAGGGGAUGCCAGGGCCAGCAGGGGAGAUUGGCCCACGAGGAGACCAAGGACUGCGGGGCUGGCCAGGGCCACCAGGAUUGCCUGGGCCUGCUGGGCUCACUGUGAAUGGAAAACCAGGGCCAAAUGGGGCUCCGGGUCUCCCUGGAUUCCGGGGAGAACCUGGGCCCAAAGGAGAACCCGGCCUGCGAGGCGAGCGUGGAGCAAAGGGCGAGAAUGGCGUGGGGAUGCCCGGAUUGACAGGCCCCCGAGGGAAUGGGGGGCUGCCUGGCCCUGCAGGGCCUCCAGGGCCUUCUGGCCUUGGAAAACCUGGCCUGGAUGGGUUGCCCGGGACUCCGGGGAACAAAGGGGACUUGGGGCUUCCGGGCGAGCCAGGGCUGAGUGGACAACCUGGGCCUAUGGGCCCUCGUGGUCCUCCAGGGGUGGAUGGCACCGGACUGCCUGGCAUAGCUGGCAUGCCGGGUCUGCCAGGCCCUUUGGGGCCCAAGGGUGAACCUGGCCUGCGUGGCCUUCCAGGGCUGCCCGGCACUACAGGGUAUGGGAAACCAGGGCUCCCUGGCUUCAAGGGGGACCGUGGGCAACCGGGAGUGCCAGGAAUAAUCGGGGAUAAAGGGGAGCCCGGGAUGGAUGGAGAGCCAGGGGAGAUGGGGCCCCAGGGCCUGGUUGGGGUCCCUGGCCCUCAGGGUAUCAUGGGUUUGCCAGGCAAGCAUGGGCUCCCCGGCGCGAAAGGGGAAGUAGGGCCAAGUGGGCCUAUAGGACCCCCAGGCCUGCGGGGAGACCAGGGACCCAAUGGUUUUGUGGGCAAGCCAGGGAUUCCUGGGGAGAGAGGACUUCCCGGUGCCACAGGGAUGCCCGGCCCAAUGGGCCCCAAGGGGGAAGGUGGCUUCAUGGGUCUUCCUGGGGCUCCAGGCCCUUCUGGGCUCCAUGGGUCAAAGGGAGACUCCGGGAUCCCAGGCCAACCAGGCCUCAGAGGCCCUUCGGGAAUACCAGGUUUACAAGGCCCCUUGGGUCCCAUGGGCCCUCAAGGUUUGAAAGGCCUGAAAGGUGAACCUGGGCUCCCAGGGGCCCCUGGGAUCAGCCGAGUUGGAGAGCCAGGCAUGAUAGGUCCCGCUGGCCCUCCGGGGGUUCCUGGAAACCCUGGAAUCAUUGGGCUCCCAGGGAGCCCGGGACCUCCAGGUCCACCUGGGGCCCCAGGAGUGCUGCCUGCCACAGAGUUUCAGGGCCACCACUUACCCAACGGAAACGUUGACGGAGCAGUGUUGGGGAACGGCAAGCCUGGGAAACCCCAGUUCGGUCGAGGGGAACUCUCUGCCCAAAUGUUGCCAGCUUUCACCGCCAUCCUGAGUUCCCCUUUCCCAGCCUCAGGAAUGCCCGUAAAAUUCGACAGGACUUUGUACAAUGGGCAGAACAGCUAUAACCCAGGAACGGGCAUCUUCACUUGCCCUAUUUCUGGCAUCUAUUACUUCGCCUAUCACGUCCACGUGAAAGGAACCAACGUCUGGGUGGCUCUUUACAAAAACAACGUGCCGGCCACCUACACUUACGAUGAGUACAAAAAAGGCUAUUUAGACCAAGCGUCGGGCAGCGCCGUGCUUGAACUCAAGGAAAGCGACCAAGUCUGGAUCCAGAUGCCGUCAGACCAAGCCAACGGUCUGUACUCCACUGAAUACAUCCAUUCGUCUUUUUCCGGAUUCCUUCUCUGCCCCACAUAACAGCCGUUGGGAGUUGCUCUUUUCUCCCCUUGAGUCAUAAACUUGUCUUUUUUGGAAAAUAAAAAAUAAAAAAAUAGGAAAGUCACUGGGAAGAAUUGUGCGAGCCACGAUCGCUUUGACCCAGCCAAGGCGAGCAUCCGGGAAAGAGAAUCUGUUGUUGCUGGACAUCCUGCGGAUUUGGAAUUUGAUUUAUCCUUAGGACGGCAUGGCCUGGCAAGACCACAGAUGCUGCCCGUCACGUCUUUGGGGCCCUUGAAAGUCUGAAAGGGUUGGGAAAGCUGUGCCAACAAAUGUCACCUUUAACGUUGUGGGUUUUCUUUCUUUUUUUAAAUCAGCUUAAGGCACCUCCUUCCCUUUGUGUUAGUUCUUUUAAAAUGUGAUUUCGGUCGACGCCUGAGACAUAACGAAGACCCAGAAGGGUGAAUUAUGAAAUUGUGAAAUGCUUUGCUCUAAGCAUCUUUCAUGCAAGGCUCUGUGUAUCUUUAAAGCAUCCCAUUCGGUGUUUAUGGGAAAAGGGAUGACAAAGGAACUCUUGAUUUCAAGCCAUACAGAGACUUCUAAAAUCAACUGGAAAAAGCCGGACUCUGUAAAUCAUGCGUUUAAUAGCCCAGGGUUAUAUAAACCGGUCAAAUGUCCAUUAGGUGCAAGGCAGUAGUUUAAAUAAAUAAAUAUAUUUCUAUGGAUAUCUGAGUAUUAAAGCGCUGCAGAUAUUGCUAAUUUUAUAUAUAUAUAUAUAUAUAUAUAUAAAAGACUGAAUUGUGUUAAGUUCAAACACCUUGUUACCAUGUUUCCUCAGGAUCUGCAGACUGUUGAUGAAGGUGGCAGUACCAAACUCAAUAUUUGAUAUCUCUUCUUUUUAAGUAAAAUUCUUCAGCAUAAUUUCCACAAUAGCGCUAAGUAAUAUUUUUCUUAAUAUUAGCUCCUUUAAAGGACAUUUUGAGUAGUGCAAUAUCCUUUUUUUAAAAAAAAAAAAGAUGCAAAGUUUAGGCUUCUAGUUUUUGCAUUGUUUUUUAAAGUAGCCAUCUGUACCCCUUAAAUACAAAAAAGAGGGUUUUGUCAUCCGAAGAAAUGAAAAAUAUACACUAAGGAUUACUUUCUGCAUGAAUUGUGGACAACAUAGAUGGAUUUAAUUAACUAUUCUUUUUAUAGAUCCUGAAAUGGCCAGAGCAGCUUAUCAGAUUUAUUGUAAACAUAUAUACGUUUAAACAACUCAAACUGUAACAACAAUUGCAAUCAACGCUGAAUUUGUUGACAAACAUUCCAGGUUGCCACAAGUGAAAAACAUCACACCUUGGACUGUAAAAAGAGCAACAAAAGAAAACUGCUGGGGAAUAAAAUAUUUGGGUCAUCUGCUAUUACAAAUAUUAUACCAACUGCGUUUUUUCCCCCUUCCAUCCUUUUUUUUUUAAAAAAAAAUCUAAUUCCAUCUGGUUGUUUUAUAAAUUCCUGAAGAUGACAAUAAUCCUAAUGGCACACUCUACAUGCAAAAUAACUUCUUUAUUUUCACCCUUGGUUUGCCUCAGGCUAAAAUUGAAGGAGCCACGGGAAGGGCACAUUUUCUGUGUGCCUAAUACUCAAAAGGCCAAUUUUAGAGGCUUCCGUUCUUGUUUCAAGUGUAUUUUCCUGUGGAGAACAGCCUUUUGGUUCAACUCAUGACACCAUUCAAAGAAAAUACGUUCCAGUUUAGCAAAAUCUGAAGGAGGGGGAAAAAAUGAAGCAUUCUAAGAGCAGAAGAGAAUCACAUAAAUCCAGGUUUUUGCUCUAGGUGCCCAGAGCAUCAUUUAUUUAUAACAUGCUCUACUGCACAUUAAAAAAAAAAAAAUCUCUUUCUAUGUAUACAGGUAGUGCUUGACUUACGACCACAGUUGAGCCCCAAAUUUUCUGAUGCUAAGACAGUUAUGUGAGUUUUGCCCUUUUAUGACCUUCCUUGUCACAAUUUCCUUGGUGGU